AUGCUCCUCCAUCUGUGGUGGGCCGACCUUUCCAUCUCAUACCUCUCUCCCGGUACCGAGGCCAGAGCCUUCCUGCCUGGCAUGGACUUUGCCAGCUUCCCCUCCCUGACGGGCGAGGAGUUCGAAGAGACGUGCCAUCACCUCGACAGCAGAUACCGGCGUGCCACGUUGGGCAACCUCCGGUCCCGCUGGAAGCUGCAGCUCCGCACGGCACUCAGCUCAAACUUUAGCUUCUUCGACAUGCCCCGGACGUAUAUCGAGAUCACCAGGAUCCUAGACCCGGAUCAGCAGGACCUUGGCCUCGAUUUCGAUGCGCUGGCUAUAUCCGGCAAGGCCAACACUGAUGACCGGUGGCUCGCUGCGGACGACGCCAUGAUGGAGGACGAGGCGUCCGAUGAGGCGGCCCUGAGGAAACCCGUACGGACGAGAGACUACGGCGUAGUGACAUAUGAGAUCAUGCUCCAUCCCACAUAUCGGAUGCCUUGUCUGUACUUCCACUUUGAGGGGCUUCCCGAUGACGAGUCUCCCUUUGACCUACACACGGUCUUUCGUCGUCUCGUUCCGGACGCGUACAAGGAGGGGCUCCGCGCCUAUGGUGGCGUGGGUGGCAUUUCCAUCGAUGUUCCUGCGUAG